CGUACGAGCGGCCGCCGUAGCUCACCCGGUCGAGGACUAAUCGGGAGGCGAGGGGGUUUCUUAACGGGGGAGAAGCUUCUCACGAGAGAUACCGCGGUUGAUGCAUUCAUGAUCGACCUCUCUCGCUCCAUCUCUCGAUCGCUCGAUCGCUCUCGCUCGCCUACAGCAACUAUAAUGCCGCACCAUAUCUAGAAGAAUGGAAUGUUGUGGCAUGCAUUUCGGAACGCAAAGUAAUCAUGAAGUCGGAAGUUUCUCUGCAUGCAUUCUAAGACGAAUGGGAGCUCAAUGGCCGGGGCCGGCCUGCAGAACCAAGUGGGGGUUUGCGUCUUUAAGAACUUCAUUUGUGGGUGAUGAUGAUGCGCUCGGGUGCAGAUUACGGUCUGCCAUUUUGUAUGGUCGACGGUCGCGACUCGAGAAGCUUUCGCGAGGCUCUGUAGCCGCGAAGCUUGGUCCUUCCUUGCACCACGCUUGGAUUAUCGGAGGAUCUUUUAUUCAUCACGAACGCCGAUUGCUUGAUCGAUUGAUUGAGCGAGAGCCAUCCCCAUGACAGCAGUCACGGCAAGCCGCACUGUAGAAUUUCCGCGAUGUGCCGACAUUAUCAAGAAGAGCAGGACCACGGUUUCUUGGUUUCUUGGGCUCGACCGGCGAGCGAGCCCCCGGGCUUCUUGCCUCGCUGUAGUUUGCAAGUCAACGAUGCAGAGUCUUCACCAGGAAGCCGCUGUCUAGACUCGAGCUUGCCUUGCAUUGCCAUCUUCUGCCGUCUCGAAAAGAAGUUCUUGCCCUGGCCAUAGCUGGCAAGGGUCUCUUUCUCCAGACUGCACCAGAGCUCGGCCCUUAUUGUGAACGGACUGGCAUAAGCGAAGAUCCGCCAUUAUUGCCAUUUAUGUGCGAGCACUCACCCUUCUGCCACCGUAUAGUAUAGGCCACAGCCACGGAUCCUACCGUUGCUCUGCUCUCGUCCCAUGCCGGAGCCGGCCCGGCUGCCGCAGUACUUUUGGUACGUGGUCUGGACUCUAUGGCAAUGCAGGCGCAGGUCGAGCUUGGGGAACGGCUACUGGUGGCGUUCGGUCCGGCCAGUCUGGCCCAAACGCACCAUAGCUCGCUCCCAGGCGAGACUAGCUUGCCUCGCUCUCGCAGCAGGAGGCUGAUAGCGUUGCGGUUGAUUCGCUUUCAGAGUGGCAGAGUUUGCAGGGUGGGUCGAGUGGGUCGGAUAGGGUCGAACGUGCUUUGGAAAAAUCGGAGUCUACUCGUGCAGACUGGCUUGGGAUCUCGUGGAUGCUGGCACGCAGAGUUGACUACAGCGUUCAGUUCGGGGCACCAUUCCUUACUCUUCUGUGUGGGCAGCCCAGCACCGCUUUUCAGCCGAUCAAACCCUCCCCACAACCCGAUCCUUUCAGUGAAUGAUCUUACUCGGAUUGCUUCAGAAGCAAGCGCGUCCACGUCUGGCUUGCUCUGGCAUAUGAGCACCGUAGAUGCAAGAGAAGCUUAAUGGAAGCAUGAGUGUGCCACCGGCUACCCUUGCUCCGUGCAAAAGACCAGGAGAGGUGUCAUGAUCGUCGUUGCAGCGAGCACAAUACGCGCAUGAAAUGUGCUGCAUCGGCUGAAUUUCAUCAACUCGAAACAAAGUUCCGACUGUCCCGUCGCACCUCCACGAUGCAUGUCGACCGACAUGAUCGCGAUUCCCAGGAGCUUUCUGCAUGCAAUUCUCUGGAACAGCAGCUUUUUCCGUGCGCGUUCCACAAAUUUACCCUGCCUAAGCCAAUGCACUCAUUUCUCAUUCGACCAGAGGACUUCAAACCUCUGUCUCUCUCUCACGCACAUCUCGUCUCAUCUCAUCUCAGCUGCCACUGUGAUGGAAAAUAGAUUCGGCAGCCAUAAUAGAGCCUCUGAGUCGAUUCACUCCACUCCUUGAUGUAUAUUGUUCGGAGUCGGUCGUCAUCGGGUGACAAAAGCACUCGAUGGAACACGGCUGCCGAGUCUGAAAGUGAGUGGCGCACGAUCUCGAUCCGCCGAAUUAACUGCCUCCCCAAAAGCUAUACGAUGGAAAUUACGACCUGUGCGGUGUGGUGAGCAGGUGAAAAGACGACGGACCUUUCGGACCCUCUACAACAUGUCUCUCGUCUCGUACUAACUGUAGAAUUCGUCCGGGCGGGUAGGUCCGGUUCACUGGGUUUGGCUUCGCUGAGGUUCGCGUCGUUGAAGUGAGUGUCCACGGAGCGAAUGAUUUCGAGGACGUGCACAUUAACGGCCUAGGGGUGCUUCCAGCUAUUGAGACAGGGCGGUUUGGUUUUCCAGAAGUUGGUGGAAGACGUGAAGCUUUCUCGAGGUAAUACAACGAGUUCGGUUUUAAUUGUGCCACAAAGAACGGGGUCGCCAUUCCGUCGUGAACGAUUGGACUCCUUCGACAAUCUGCAAUGAGUUACGACCAUCCUCGUGUUCAUCUUUUACAGUGCACUGCACUUGAAUGCGCCACCGGAACAGACGCCGACGUCCGAGCCAGCGAACGUGGGACUUCUUUAGACUUCCGGGCCAGCCCCCUUCCUCCUCCUCCUCCUCCUCCGACAUCAUCAGAUUUCAUCACUCAUCUCUCUCUUUCUCUCUGAGUGUCUCUCCGCGCUUCAGGCAUGAAUGAUCAAGAUCCAGUAUCGCAACCGGGAACUACGGGAGCUGACACAACGUCGGCGACUCCUUCAUGGCAUGUAUACUUCCCUUACAACUUUCGGAUCAAUCAGGUGAUGCGUAUGCCGGUUUCAUAUCGAUUCAAUGAAAAGGUUGCACUCGGUACUGUGUGGUGGAAUGUCCCCUGUAAAAUGGUCUUAGUGCAGCGUGGAGGGGAUGCAGUGAACAACUAACAGAUAACAAAAAGGAGGAUAAGGCCCCAUGGGGCAACCAAGAUAUUCCUUUUUCUCCACGAUCUCUGUAUCUUCCUGCUACUGCUGCAGUUCUCGGAUAGUUCGUAAUGACUUCAAAGUGAUAACAACUCCAUCGGCUGCUGCCACGGGAUACAUUGAAAGUGUUAUCUGUUCCCCAGAGCUGCCAUGCCAGCAUCUUGAAAUUGACCAAGCUCCGAUGCAAUGGCCAAAGCUUUAGUGCUUCUGGUGAACGAAACAGCUGGGCUGGCAGCCGCUCUUUGUCGGCUCCGGUGACCCCGGGAGGAACGAUCGAUCGAAGGAAGCAAGAAAUCAGUGAAAAUUACACCUGUGACGGCCACCUCCUCGUCGUGAAGUGAACCUUAUGACGAACCAGCAGCACAAUCAUCAUCGUGGGGCGAGGUACAGAACAAAGCGACUCUUAACCCGUCGGUAGCUGAGCAGAGUAUUAUUCAUGCAACUGCUGCAGAGUCCAGAGUCCAGACCACCCUCCACAGACUCAGAUAACACGAUGCCACAAUUUACAGGCUGCCAUUAAAGAAACCCAGCAAAAAGAGCGAGUUCCGACGAGAUUUCCCGUCAUCCUCAGGUUCCAUGAUCUAGAGAAGGCAUGCCAUGGUCCAGAGACUCGAGGGCUGACUCCGACAAACAGCAGCUGAGUUAAAAGACACGAAGCAUGACGAGCAUGUCAGUCAACUUUCCCGGCCUCUACUCCAUGCUAGACUGGUAGUGUACUAUUGUUGCUGUUGUUGCUGUAAUUGUAUAUUGUAUGCACUCACUGCUCUAUAGUCGUACACUUGUGUAAGUCGUAUGAGCAUGGCUACGGUCGUAGUGAGUGAGCUGUCAAAGUCAAGGGGAAUAAAGACAUUAAAGGCAUUUUGUCCCUCCACUC